CUCAUUUCCUACCCCACCAGCAACCGGCAGCGUAGAGCGUUGGCUUUCGGAUUCCUUAGACGAUCAACUUGCUGCCUCUUAGAAUAAUUACACCCACCUCGUUGCUCGUAACAAACCUUCUUCACUGCUACCAACUUAUAUCGAGAGAGUCACCUGCUAUGCUGCGCACUAUAAUGAACAUGUAUAAGUUUUAAGUGGGCCUAGAAGGGUCGCGUAGGCGAUGGCUUAUGCCCCAGGAGAAAAGCGGAAUGGGACCUCAACUACUGGGGCUCCUGGACCGCCGGAGGGAGGACGAGCCAACGGGCCAACGUCUACUCCUUCUCCGCCUACGCAGCCGCGGAAGGGUACCAGCAGCAGACCGGUACUAAGUGCGAGACCCACAACAGCGGCUAGCAGUGGCCCGUCAUCGAGCGGGCCGCUAGUCGCCAGCGUACUGGGCAGCAGCUAUGCGUACCACAACCGCAACGCGUCCCCAGCUCCUCAGCGCACGUCGGCUGCGCAGCACGGCUCCAGCCAACGGAGCACAUCCGCAUCACUGCAACGGACCACGUCAAGCAGACAGCGAAGCCACAGUCAAGCCCUGCCCGCCAAGCCGCUCUUCGCGGCCUAUGGCCUCCAGUACCAGAGCAGCAAUGGGCGGGGCGUGGUGGCCGCCGGCCGAACCUCCGCAAACAUGAGCCCCUACCGCAGCCGCCCGGCCUCCUCGACUGGACCACCCUCGAAUGGCGGGGGCUUGACUUCAAGACCGUCAACCUCGCAGUCGCAGCAACGAGCGGGUGAAAACUGGUUCGGGAACACGAAGCUUGCAGUCACUUUUCCGAACCACACGGCUGCAGAGCUACUCCCGCCACAGGCAGCACGCGUGGUCCAGGAGCUAGGCCAGCUGCUGUCCGUGUUCGCCCCGCCGGCGCCCGGCGGUGGGCCAUCUGGCAUCAAGGCGUCAAGCAGCUUCCGCGCAAGCAAGUACGUGGGCGGGAGCAGCGGUGGGGGCGCAAGCAGCGGCGGCGGUGCGCACAAGGAAGCGUGGGGCAGUGGAGGCGGAGGAGAGGUAGCAUCUUCAGUAGCGCUGGGAAGCAGCAGCGGCGGAGGAGCGGUUAGCAGCGGCGGAGGCAUGUUGUUGCGGCCCACCAGUGCCGCGAGCAGCACCGGCAGCGCCGCCUCCAAGCCCAUCAUGGCUCCCUACAUGGGCGACGGCCGGCACGGCCACGGCGCCAACUUAAGCCUCAUGCGCCUGCAACAGCAGCAGCAGCAACAACAACAGCACCAACUCCAACAGCAUUCGCAGGCCAUAUAUGGCACCCAGUCAGGUGGAGGUAUGUCCAACGCCUCGGCGUCGGUCCAGCAACAGCAGCAGCCCCACGCCGGAACCGGUCCCUCGGGCUCCGGGUCCUUCCUCCACACCACCUUCAUCACCUUCCAGCCCUCGGGCGGCGCCAGCGGCGGCGGCGCCCACCCUCCACGCCUGAACCUCAACGUGGGCAGCGGCGCAUCGCCGGUGAGCAGCCCCAAGGAGUCCCCUGCCGGCGCGGCGUCCCCGCAUGCACUGCACUACCAGCAGCCGCAUGGCUACCCCCAGGCGCACCCGCACGCGCCGAGCGGGCCGCCGCCCACCAGGCCCUGGGAGGCAGCGCACGCCCCUCACGUGCAUGGCCAUCCGCAUGGCUCGGCCUUCGCCGCGGGAGCGGCGGGUGCACAGGCCUUGUCGCCGAGGCCGUCGCUGGGCGGCGCCAGCAGCGGGCAGCAGCAACAGCAGGUCCUGCACUACCUGCCGUCUGUCGACGGCGGGGCCGCAGCGCCGCCUGCUGCCAGCGGGACAUCGCCCGGCUACACAACCAUGACGGUGGCGGCCGGCUCGGCUGUUGCGCCGCAGCCCUUCGGCAUGCACAACAACCCUCCCCCACAGCAGCAGCAGCAGCAGAUGCACGUCCAUGCUGCCACGGCCCCCGCCUCGUUGGCCUUCACUUCAGCCAUGGCAAACGCUGCCGCGGCGGCCAUGGGUAACUACCCUGCGCAGCAGCAGUCCGUUCCGCUGCCUACCAGCUCAGGCCCCGUGCCCCAGCCGCCGCCUUCAGCCCUUGCGCCCUCACCGCACUCUGCACCCCUGCACUACCAGACGCACCCCGGCGCCACCGCCGUGCCUGCCUCCCCUGCGAACGGGCCCACCUCCACCUCCGGCACCACAACCGCCUUUACCGCACCCACAAUGCACGCAGCCGCCACGGGCAAAGGCGGCGUGCGCGACUCCCUCAUCUCAACCACAUCCGCCAACUCCAGCUCUGGCAACGUCUCAAUCCCCAGCUCCAACUCCCUUCAAGUGCAGCCGGGCAAUGCAGCUGCCGGCAGCCGUAACGCUUCCCUGGCCAACGCACCCCACCCGGUGGGGCUGCCGCCGCCGUCGCCGCUCAAGGCCGCGCCGCCGCCUGCAGCCACUCCGGGUACGACACGCGGUCAGUACAUCCGCUCCAACUCCUCCCGCUCGUCCAACGGCUCGGGUUUCGACAACGGGCCGUACUACGGCAUCAACCCGCAAGCUGCGCAUGAUGCCGAGCGCGAGGAGCACCAAAGCACUAGCCUCGGAGGCGGCAUGCCGGGCGGCCAGCAGCUGCCUCAGACACCCACGCGAGCAGGGUAUCACGGCAACGAUGGCGUCCACGUCCACGGUGCUGCUGCGGCUGCUCAUGUCACCGUGCCGUCCAGCCCCGGGUACGGCAGCUCACAUGCAGGCAACUCUGCCGCCGGCAUUGCCGGGCACGUCACAUGGGGCGCAAACAUCACGCAGGCGUCUAACCCCAGUACGCCCACGCGCCCGACCGGGUUGCAAUCUGACCCAGCGGCUCGGCGCGCCAGCACCGGCAGCCAGGCGGCCCUCGAAAUAGGCUCCCCCUUCGCGCGCGGCAGCGAGGGCUUCUCACGCAUGCUGGUAGAGCAUGGCACCCUCACAUGCGUGCGGCCCUCCACGGUUCCCUCGAAUUUCGCCGCGGACAGCCAGAACGACGUGACCAUGUACACCGACCUGCAGGUGUCGCCGUCGCGGGGCAGCGGCAGUGACACGCCCGGCGACAGCGCAGGCGGGAUGUACGGCGGCCGUACUGUUUCGGUAACGGCAGGGACGACGGCGGGUACGACCGCGUCCAACGUGAUGCAUUGGGCGCCGGGUGCCAUGGGAGUGACCCAUGGGACGUACGCGCCCGCCACGACGCACCUGCCCUGGCGACAGUCCAUGGAAGAAGCAGGCCUGGUGAGCAGGAGCGGCAGCGUGACGGCGGGGCCUGGCGCGACGGCAGCGCUGCCGCCGACGCAGCAGGAGCAGCAGCCACCUAGCACCUCUCACGCCAUCCAGCCGACCAGCCAACAGCACCCGGGUGGCUCUAGCGGUGUGAGUGCAGCACCGGCGAUGGCAUCACAGGCGUACGGCAGCACACGGGAGGAAGGCGGUGCAUGGGGGCGGUCUCGGGACACCACACCCACGCGGUCGUACGCGCACACAACGACAUCGGCCCCGCAGCAUCCGGCCAUGAUAUCGUCACAGCAGCAGCAAUACCACCACCAGCAACAACAACAUCAUCAUCAGCAACAGCCGCAGCAGCAGCAAACGGGCGAGGCUGAAGCCGUUGCUGCAGCGGUGGCGGCUGCAACGGCCGCAGCCGCCGCGGUACGGCAGGCUGUGGUGGAUGCCGCCGGUGUGGGCUCACGCGGCCACACCAGCGUCAGCAGCACCGCAGCGGCCAGCAGCACGCAUGCAGGCAGCUCAGCGACCUCAGCCCUGGCUGCUGCCGCUACGGCUGCUGCAGCGGCGGCAGCAGCGGCGGCGGCUGCGGGUGCCGCGGGUGUGCCGUUGACUGGCGAGCAGCAGCCGCGGACGAAGAUCUCCACUACGCCAGGCCCCGCUCGCUACGGCCAUUGGAGCGAAAAUGGCACGGCCGCAAGCACCACUUCCACCACCACCACCCGCGGGCAGUCCUCCUCAUCCGCCUCCCAGACCGCACAUGCCCAACCUCACCAGCCCUCCUCCGCUACUCCCACCACCACAGCCGCCACAUCAACCCCCACCACAAACACCACCACCACCACCACGCCCGCAGCAACCACCGCCGCUUCCACCACUGCCUCCGCCACGACCACUGCAACCCAUACCUCGACCUCCACACCACCGGUGUCCUCCCACGCCACCGCCACCACCACAACGCCGGCCACCGCGCCCGCUUCCUCCGCCGCCGGCUCCGCGGGCAGCGCCACCAGCACCAGCAGCGGCAGCGGCACCUCCAGCUCCACCAGUUCCAGCGGCGGCGCACAUCCGCCGGGCAGCGCGCGGCGCUCCGCCGGCUCCAUGCCGCGCUUCAACCCCGCCUCCGUGCUGGGCUGCGAGCCCGACCCCACCUUCGGCAACCUGCUGCCCGGCUACAGCGUGGGCAAAGUCAUCGGCGAGGGCGGCUUCUGUCAGGUGCGGCUGGCGGUGCACCACCUGAGUCAGCGCAAGGUGGCGGUCAAGGUGAUCGACCGCGCCAAGCUGGUGGACCCCAACGAGGCCAAGCGCAUGCAGCGCGAAAUCCGCGUCAUGAAGCACCUCAGCCACCAGUGCGUCAUCAAGCUGUUCGAGGUGGUGGAGUCGCCGCGACACCUCUUCCUGGUCAUGGAGCAUGCGCCGUCCGGGUCACUGCUGGACUAUGUGCGCGCGCGCAAGCGGCUGCCGGAGGCCGAUGCGUGCAUCUUCUUCCAGCAGAUCGUGGCGUCUUUGGAGUACUGUCACAGUCGGGAGGUGGUGCACCGGGAUAUCAAGCUGGAGAAUAUCUUGUUGGAUGCGGAGCAACGCAUGAAGCUGAUUGAUUUCGGGCUGUCGGCGUUCUUCGUGCCGGGCAAGCGCCUGCGUGUGCACUGCGGCUCGCCGUCGUAUGCAGCUCCCGAGAUCGUGGCGCGCAAGGCCUACGAGGGCCCCCCGGUGGACGUGUGGUCGCUGGGUGUGGUGCUGUUUGCCAUGGUGGCCGGCUACCUGCCCUUCCACGCCAGCGGCGGCAACAAGCAGGAGCUGUGCAACAAGAUCAUGGCGGGCCAGUACACGGCGCCCGACUGGCUGUCGCCCUCCAUGAAGGACCUGCUGGCGCGCAUGCUCACCACCGACCCGGAGAAGCGCAUCACGUUCCAGCAGGUCUGGCAGCACAGCUGGGUACGCAACGGCCCGCAGUGGCACGAGCGCGGCGUCAACUGCUACGAAGUCGCGCCCGACCCCUCCGCGCCCGGCGGCCUGCGCUGCGACGAGCAGGUGGUGGGAGAGCUGGAGGCGGCGGGCUACCCGCGCGCCGCCGUACUGCAACACCUGGCGGCCGGAGACGCCAACCACCUAACCGCCAGCUACUUCCUGCUGUGUGAGUCCAAGGCGGAGGCCAUGCGGCGCCUGCGCGCCACUUCCAGUGGCGGCAGCCGCAGCCGUACAAGCGCCUCUUCGAGUUCGCUGAGGGCCGGGGCGGGAUCUGGGUCGUACUCGGGUUCAGCGGCGGCGGCAGCGGCGUACGGCACAGCGCAGGUGGCGGCCGCGGCGGCGGCGGCGAAGGCGCGUGAGAGCCCCAGCCGGUCGAGUGGUGGGAAUGGCAGUGGUGGCGGCGGGGGGAGCAGCGGCGGUGGUGGGGGUUCCAGUCGGCCGUCUACGGCGACGAGUGGGGGUGGUGGGUACUCGUCGUCGGCUCGAGGGCACCGCGGGGGGCAGCAGCAGGGCGAGGAGAUGGUCAUGGGCGGCACGGGCCGCAUGGCGGUGGCGGUGUGAGGAGAGCUGCAGGCGCGGCGUGGGAGCGGGGGGAAGCACAUGCUGGUGCUGUGAACCUUGUGACACAUGGCGGACUUGGGCGUUCACUUGGUCAGGCGGGGUGCGGCUUUUGGACUGUGGCGGCGCCGUCAAGGCGUUGCGAGUCACAUCAUUGCAUGGGGUGCUGCGUGCGGGAGAAGAGGGCUUGAUGUUUGUCCGCGAAUGCAGCAGCCUUUCAUAUAGCGAUUUAUGUACCAUUGCGGCUGGGCUGCGGAACGAAAAGGUGAUCCGGUGUACCGGUAUAUGAUUGGGAUCAGCAUGGGUGCGAGCUGCGCCUCUAGGGGUGGCAGCUGUAUGGCUUUAAUGUUUUUUGUUUUAUCCGCAAUCUGGAGGAAGGGCGGCUUUGCAUCGAUGGGAUUUUUGUCAAACAUGAAGGGCAAUGAAGGGGCUAGCUGCGGUCGACACGUGACAAGGGACAAGUGCACAGGGCCGCUGUCUCCGCUGCAGCUUUCAGUUACAGCGGCGGAGGAGGGGCGGGUGUUCGCGAAGCAUGCGAGACGUGAGAGGGUCUCUGUGUGCGUGUGUGUGUGUUUGCUCGUUGCGACAAAUGAGCUACAUGCCCGGAUGCGCUGGUUUUGCUUGUGCCUUUGCUGCCGCGGCAACGCGGUUUCUGGAAAGCUAACCCUUUGGAAACGCUCGGUCGGUACAUAUGUUUGGAAGACGUGACUCGCGUUCUGCACGGAUUCGUGUGUCUCUGCGGGCAAGAGGACCCCAGAAGAUCGUGUUUUGGCUGGUGAACGGAUUAUAGGAGGACAGGCCGAGCAGCGCACAGUGAUACGGUGGUUACGGUGAUGAACACCUACUUGUUGGACUUUUGCGAGGCGCACGUUUGCGUGUCCGUACUACAGGAGAGAGCCUCGAUGGUGGCUUUAGGGAUGGAUGUCUGGGAGGAGGAAAAGGAAGGACGCUGGCUUUUUCCGUCACACCGCAUGUUUUGUUUCACGCAUAUACCUAUACAUGCCGCAUGCCUAUGCUGGGUUUGCCGCUACUUGCUGCUAUAUGUUUUGACUGUUUUGGACAUACGCCCCUUGGACUGCCAUGCUGUGUGCUGCAGGCGGGAAGGGGCCCUAGGUGUAUUUGGUUGUCUGCGUAUUAUGCGGGCUCGCACGAGCGGCUUUAGGGCGUGUGGGGAUGCACGACAGGGAGAUGCAGCCCAUGCUUGGGCCACGCCAACUGCGUCGGGGCUAUUUGCGCUCACACUUCGUCCUGACGAAGAGCGGUCAUUAUGGAUAUCCAAACGUUUCCAAGGUAAAGGGGAUUAGUAACGGUGACGGUACGUUCGGACAGCACAGCAACCCGCAUCGCUUGCAACGGGUGGAAGGUCUCUGGUGGGGUUUGGUAAUCGCGCGCGCAAAGCCAACGCACCAAUGCACACGGCGAUUGGAACUCAUGCCGGGUAUAUAACAAUAUAUAAGUUCAAGGAUGUCGUGUAAUACGCCGUACGGCAGGCUACCGGUGGGCAUGCCAUGGUGGCCUCAGCGCAACAACCACGCCCCACACCACAGCUGCUCAGCGUCGCCCGCUGAGGCCCCAGGAAGCUUCAGUUGUACUUCACGCCUUGGGGAC